AUGGCGUCCCGCUUGGCUCGAAGCGCUGUCGGCGCGAACCUCCUCAGGCCGACCCUGGCCCGCCGCACUCUGCCCGCCAUCUCGGCCUCGAUCGCCGGUGCCCGCAACGCCUCCAACGUUCCCGCCGAGGACCCCAAGAAGAAGGCCCAGUCCAUCGUCGACGCCCUCCCCGGCAACUCGCUCCUCUCCAAGACCGCCAUCCUCUCCUCGUCCGCCGCCCUCAGCGUCUACGCCAUUAGCAACGAGUACUAUGUCGUCAACGAGGAGACCGUCGUCGCCUUCUGCCUGCUCGCCGUCUGGGGCGGUCUGAUCAAGUACGGAGGCCCGAUGUACAGCGAGUGGGCCCAGGGCCAGGCCGACAAGAUCAAGGGCAUCCUCAACUCCGCCCGUGCCGACCACACCCAGGCCGUCAAGGGACGCAUCGAGGACGUCCAGCAGAUGUCUGGCGUUGUUGACAUCACCAAGUCCCUCUUCGCCGUUUCCAAGGAGACCGCCCAGCUCGAGGCUCAGGCCUACGAACACCAGCAGAAGACCGCCCUGGCCGCCGAGGCCAAGGCCGUCCUCGACUCCUGGGUCCGCUACGAGGGCCAGGUCAAGGCUCGCCAGCAGAAGGAGCUCGCCGAGACCAUCAUCGCCAAGGUUACCAAGGAGCUCGAGAACCCCAAGGUCCUCCAGCAGAUUCUCCAGCAGAGCAUUGCUGAUGUCGAGAAGAUCGUCUCCUCCAAGGCCCAAUAG